AAAACUGCGAGAGUGUUUCUGCGUUUGUAAAGGGAACGCAAGAUGCCAUAGCAUGUUAAUGAAUCACGUUUACUCGCCUUUUCUUCCCGUAGCCGUCUUUUUGUGUAUGUGAAUGCCCGCGGUUAGCUCAGCGCGCAAGCGCAUUAGUGCAUUUGUCGAGUCCCUCUGCAGUGAACUUCUUCGCAUCGCAGGCGACGACGCUGAGAACCGAAUCGGCGGCACCGUUCUCCGAUGGCUUCCAACGCUCGUCGGCGCUGAAAAAUGUGCGCUAUCACGUCCUACGGUUUGUGGCACUUGCUGUGCUGAUCAUGAUCGGCGUGGUCCUGCUGGCGUCUCUUCGAGGAGUCGCCAGGACUCAGAUUAUCGCUGCUUGCCGUUCGCCCGCCUGCUUGGAGCACUCGAAGGCAUUCGAGGGCGUGCUCAACUACAGCGUCGACCCCUGCGUCGACCUGGACGCGUUCGUUUGCUCCAAGGGAGCGGGAUACCACACCGCUGGCUGGCGCACUCCGCCGAGUCUAGUCGCGCACGUCAUCAGGCAGUACGAACUGAAGAUCGUGGAGUUGUUCCUGCAUGGCAACACCAAGUUCGCGGCAUCCAAGUUUGUGACAGACUUCUUGCUGGAAUGCACGAGCACACACAAGACGCCUCAGGGCUUGGACAAUUUCAUCGAAAUCUUCGAUCUUGUGCCCGUACCAUGGCCGUUCGAUUACACAGCCACGGCGGAGCUGCACCCUCUUGAGGCUGUGUUGGCGCUCAGCCUAAAGUUUGGCGUCGACACCUGGUUUCGGGCUUACAUCGCCAACUCCAGACAGACGACGUCGGAUUCCAGCAGUACUUCUGCCUUGUUUAUUGAGUCCUGUGCGCAGCCUUCCUUAUGGCUCAACUUUCUGCGAACUCUGGGCGACCGACGCGAGCUGUACUUCGAGGAGCUGCACCGGCUUUACAACGCGACGCUGCCGAACGACGAGGAUAAGGAGGCUCUGCUGGCGACCGAAAAGGCCGUCCUGUACAUCCUGCACAGCGCCAGGACAGCCGGAGCUCCUGCGGGCCCUGCUGUCACCACCGUAGUGAAGAUCGCGGCUUCCGUGAGGAAUUCUACCGUAUCGAACUGGCUCGAACCGGUGACAGACGCGCCUGGUGGAAGCAUGGCGGACGAGAAGAUGCUGGUGUCACUGGAAGAUGUUCGCAUCCUGCGGGCAGUCGACACGCUCCUGUCCAGGUUCAGCGCGAGCGCUCUGUCCCAGCACCUGUCGUGGUGGCUCGUACAGAUCCUCACGAUUAUUGGCUGGUCUCAGGGGUACUACGUCAUCGCCGGUAGCCAGGCGCACCGCUGUCGGCAAGAAACGCAUAGUUAUGACUCCCGAGGAGCAGCGUGAAUACGAGGACCGGCAAAGGGAAAAAGAAACGGUGAUGCGACCAGCGGCGGCGUGCUGUAAAAAGUACCAUUGCUCCCCAUUACUCUAAAUUAUUACUACCAUCACUUUAAAGCAAUAAAGCAUUGCAUACCCCACUCAGCAAUUGUAGUGGUGAUUUUUCAACA